GACUAGCUGGCUACAUUCCACCUGCAGUUGGCGAACGAACAAGGCUGCGGACAAAGUCUCUCGUCGAAAAUGCGUCUUUUGUUUGAAAUCUGGAUGUUUGUGGGCCCAUUUUGAUUCCUGUGGAUAUAUUAAUAUUAUUUUACAUUCUUAGAAGUUUUCGCCUCACAACUAAUCUCCAUGUUGGGUAAGGACUGGACAAGGCAAGUGGAUGAUGGAUUUCAACCCUCUGGACCUUCUGGCAGCAGCUGCCGCCCUGCAGAGAGACGACCCCAAGUCAUCCAACCAAUCAGGAGGCCAGACUCAGAGUGAGGCUAACUGUGAUGAUACAAAUACAGAAGAGUCUACAGAGGAAGAGGAUCCAAACAAGAGUAACAAAAUGGGCUCAGCUAGAAAAUUACGUAGUGAGAUUAAGCGACAGAACUCUUGCAACCUACCCACAAGUGAGGUAGGCAAGUUGUUCAGUGAAAAGUCAAGUGGUGUUGACUAUGUGGUGGAUGAGGAUUCUCCUGGAAGGACGAUAAGGAGACAUUCAUGGAGUGCGGAGGGAGAGGUAGUAGGUGACAGUGACAGUGCUAUAAUUACAGACUUGUCUGUUGAACAUAAGGACAGUAAAACUGACUCCUCACAGAAGGUGGUGGAGGAGUCUGAUGACACAUCAUGUGAAAGAGACAGUUUAGACAAUGGUGAAAGUGGUUGUGGGGAGUCUUCUGAAGUGUCAGAAGGUCCAUCACAAACACCACCACCACCACCAUCUGACCCAGCUGGUGCUCAGAGUGCAGAUGAUGAUGACUCAUCUGACUCUGCAUCUGUUAAAGAGACAUCUGAAGAUUCUCCUCUAGAAUCAUACGCUUGUGAUGUGAGUGUGACAGAGCCCGCUCAGUUAGAACAAGUCGAUGAAAGUGUGCUUAAGCAUGACAAUGUCAGUGAUUUUGACUUGACUGAACCAACAGCAGCUUGCUGUCCUGUUUGUCACAAGCCAAGGACUGAUUAUGCUGUUGGGGUGUCUGAUCCUAGUGAGCUUUGUGCAAUCUGUGAGAAACAGACAGUGUCAGAGAACGAUGAGGCAGCUAGUCCAUCAGGAUCUGUUGAGGAACCAGUCUCGGGAUCAGCUGCAGGACCAAGUAUAAGUGUUAUUGAUAAUGAGCAGUCUGAGUCCGGCUUUGUUGCCAUUGUUAGUGAUAGGACUUGUUCGGAUGCUACUGAUAAUGAGGAAAAGUCAAGUUUAUUAGAAACAUAUUUGACAACUGGUCAUACAGAAAAGGUUCAAGAAGAUAGUUUUUCCAUGGAAAUGCAUGCUAGCAAGAGCUCUGAGGAGUGUAUAAUGGACACAACUGAUUGUGAUGUGAGAAUGGAGAGCAGUGAUGCCUCAGGGCCUGCUUCUAGUGUUGAGUCGGACCACUCAUAUGCCUCUCAACCAGGAAAGGUGACUGAAAGACAAAGCACAGACUAUUAUGACACAGAAACAGGGGCAGAAUCCGAUUCUUGUGGAGAAAAUAGCUCGACUGAAGAAGUAGAACAUCGUGCAAGGAGCAUGUCAAUAGAAAGUGUGUGUCUAAGAUUCGGUUUUGAGGAUAAACAUAUGACAUUGCCUGUGAAAGAACAUGAAGAUAGUGAUCAUAUGUCUGGAGAACCAUCCCUUCUAUCUCCUACAUCAUCUGUAGACUCUUCUAUGACAGACUUUCCUUCCUUUAAACUGACGCCUUUGCCCCUAACAGAGAAGGACCCAGAUUCUACUGUGCAGCAGCAAACACUUCAGGGUUUUAGUUCUAGUGAUGGUUGUGAUAGCAGACUUAGUUCACCUAUUGGCAGCGUAGAUAGUCUUCAUGGACAGAUUCCUCCAAAAGUUGGCAAGUUCAGAAUAGGAACAUUUGCAUCAUUCAGUAGCUCCAAUAUUAAAAGUGACAAUUCAAGCCCUGCAACUGGGAGUAAAAAUUUCCGAUUAAAUGUGUCAAAGGAUCAUUCCACACUUUCCUCUCCGUACUUUGACAAAGGACUAAUUAGCUCACCUCCAAUGAGUGUUCCUCCAUCUCCUGGACUACCCUCCUUCCUGCAGUCUCCUUGUGGAGACUGGGAAAGGUCGGACGCAGGGUCUGAGGUGCAAGAUGAAUUGGGACCACCUCACUGCAGUGACAGUACUAUAAGCAAUGGGGGUUUACAAAAUAGCACAGAGCCUGGGCUUGCUGACACAAGUUCGGUUCAUCAUGACCAUGACUACUGUCUUCGAGAAGGACAUUUACCCCGAGAUUAUGGAAUUGAUACAACUCAUGGUAAACAGGAGAGAAGAAAGUAUUCUUCAUGGUCUAAAACAAAGUCUGGAAUUGCUAGGCAUGUGAAAGAGCCGAAGUUAAAAACAAAGGCAAAAGUGAAAAAGAUAAAGGUGGAGUUGCUGGACAGUCCAACAGGACCUGCUCCAUCAACAGAGGAUGUGACUGACUUCAAGCAACCAUUUGAGGUGGACUUUGUUCAGGACAGAGCACAUUCAGUUAUUGGGAGGACAAGUCGAAGGAGGCUGGAGAAACUUCAAGAACAGCUGGAACUUGAUAAUGGCUCCAAAUUGAAAAUAACGGGUAAAUUUAAAGAUGACUAUGUCUAUUAUUUGAACAAGAGCUCAAGAAGCAGAAGGAGAGCCAGCACAGACUUGCCACCACCCCCUCCCACAGAUAAGAUCAUAAUUCCAGCUCCCAAACCUGGAGACAUAAUUGUUCCACAUCUAACUGAUGCAGACAUUGAAGCAAUCAAACGCAGAGGGAAAGCUGGUUUAUCCAUCAGUGAGAAAUACUAUGGUGCAGGACUGUCCUCAACUCUCCACAGUGGAGGCAGUACUCCAAGUACUGCUUCCCAGACACAGUCAUCUCAGUCUUCACCACAAGCACCUACCAUGGAGAACAUCGUUGAUAUGGAUAGUAGGAUCAUCAGUACGAUUCUCAGCAUGGAGAAUGAUAGUCUUGGAUCUCCAGGGUCUGCUCAUGAUUCCUCAUUAUCUGACACUGUGGACCUGUACAGCCCUUCUGAGGACUCUGUUGGUAUCAGUUUCAUGGGUGAAAACAUGACCUUGACGCCAGACCAGGUGAACAUUCUACUGGAUGCUGUGAAGGAUGUUGAGACAACACCGGAGGAAAUCAUUGAUUCUGCUGCUGGGAAGUAUAAUCUGGACAACAACCAGAACUAUGACAGGUCAGUGGAUAACAUAGACCUGUCUGACCAGCAGUCUGUAGAUGGUGUAAGUACAUCAGAUGAAACUGAGAGAAGGCAGAGUGUUUCUAGUGCUGCUUCUGAGUUUGACACAGAAAGUAAGGAUCGGUUUGAGAUUAAAAAUGAGCCUGCAACAGCACCUGCAAGCACAACAGAUCCAGCUGCAGCAGUUGCAACUACAACUACAACAGUUGCAUCACCUGCACCACCAGCAGAUACAUCUGAGACUACUGCGGCACCAUCUCAAGUUGUGGUGCCUCCCACAGUCAAUCCAAGUGAAAGUCCUGUUAGAGCUUUGCUUGAAGCAGAUUUGGGAACAAUUGGGGAUAUUGAGAAGCCAUUUGACCUACUGGGACAUGACUUCAGACUUGAUAAGUCUGACUUGUUUCCAGAUGCUGCUGUCAUGGACAGCUCUGCACCAUCUAUGACAACUUCUACUACCACUGCUACCUCUGCAGCAUCAGACUAUAACACUCCUUGGAUUGUGACGGUCACAAUGUUCUGGAAUGACCUUCCGGCUAUCAUGAUUGAAAACCAACCAUUUGUCAGACUUGUUGACAUCCAUAAACAAAUCUUGCCAGCUAAAGAUACAGGCAUCCUGAAGAAACGAUGUCAGCUGCUGGGAAUUGAUGUUCUUAAUUGUUCAGAAAUGCAGAGGUACUUUUUGGUUCAGUAUGGUCGAGCGUACAAUUCUAAGAGCACAUUGAUUGUUUCAAAAGAUUAUGCCAAGAAUCUGAUUGGAUACUAUGUAAACCCUCAGCCAAGGAUGUCGAAAUUGGAUGAAGUGGUCCGUCGUGAUGACCCUGAAUUGUCCUCUGAUGGUUCUUUAGCUUCACUCUACUCUGGAGAGAGUCAACCAGUCAAGGUUACUGCUGGUGUACUGAGGAAGAAGAUCAAGCCUAAGGCUCAGCCAAGAACUGCUGCUGUGGAGAAGAUGGAUUUAGUUCCAAUAACAAUACCAAUACCAGCGGUGACUCCAAGCCAAGAUGUGCCCUUGCCUGUGACAGAAAUAGCCAAAGAGAUUCCUCCGCCACUAGAGUCAAAGCGUCUGAGGCAUAAGAAGAUCAAUUUCUUGGAACUACUCAAGGGUGAAACCAACACCGAGAGUUGUGUUGUGGCAGAACCUGUGGAGGAGAAGACGAGUGAAAAAGAGGAAGAAGUUGUCUGUGAAAAUGGCAAGAAAACGGCUGUACCACCAGCAAGUCCAAAUGGGAAAAAGAAGACUAAGUUGUCAGAUGCUGAGAAACUCAAACUUGCGAAAGAAGAAUUGAAAAAGAGAAAGGUUGAGCUCUUGGAAGAGGCUGUUCAAGAGAAAAAGUCAGCCAGAGUUGUUGAACAGGACUCAGAGGAAGAAAACCAUUCCUCACCUUCAAAUAGACGCAGGUUUAGUGGUUCAAGAUCUAGAGGGGCCAAUCCUCCACUGAACGGUAACAGAAGAUCAAGGCUGAAAAAGAUGGGGCCCUUGAAGGUGAAGAUCAAAGGUUUAAUUCAUUUCAAAAAGGGCAAUAAGAAAAAUGUGAGUGAUACUGAUAAGAAGAUCAUUGAGAUUCGUCACAAGGACCCCAAACCAACAAACUCGCAUCCAUCUGUGACCCAAGAUGGUGACAUUCAUUUGGAUCUGUACCAGAAAAAGAGCAGCUUGUGUAUCAAGUGCUGCAGCUGCAAGAAGUUCUUCUCUUUGAGGAACUUCCUUACCCACCAGCACUAUCCUGAUGACACUGAAAUCCUUACAACUGUGGCCCAGCCUCAGGUUCUGGAGCCAAGGUCCAUUAAGCUCUCGGACAGGAAGAAGGGUCUUUGGCAGGAGUUCAACAAGCGCAGGAAACAACUGGAAGGCCCCAAGCCUGUAAAUGAGAGCAAACCUAUAGUGCUGUCGAAACCUUUAAAUAUUGUGAAUAAAUCUGUGAUCACUACCUCUCACUCGGUCCCCUCUCAUGCUCCCAAACCUGCUACUGUUCACAAGCCUCCUUCUCUGGCUGAUGCAGUUCCUCCAGGCUAUAAACCUGCCUCAGAGCUUGAGGCACAGUUGAGGAAAAAGAUUGAAGUACCACAGUUCAAACAGCCAGUGACUGUAACUGGGCCUCCACGAAGGGCACCAGGCUCAAGUGGAGUUCGUGUGAGCUCGAGAAAAAGGAAAGAAAGACAAUUGUUUCCCAUAGAGAACUACUCAUUUGCCAAGAAAGUAGCUCGUUUAGACUUGCCUAUGAAUGGAGAAGAGGCAAUGGAUGUAAGUCCAGUUGUUCCUGCACCUACAGAGGUUAAGGCUGCAGCAGCGGCAGCAGAAGCUUGCAACAGUGUCCUUACUCUCAGUAACGGGCCUGAGCUCACAAACUACACUGCUUUGCAGGAUGGACCUGAAAUUUGAAGCAGGAUUUGCUGUGUCGAUGUGAUUUUCAUGUGGAUAAGCCAUGAAUAAUAUUGCAUUUCAGCCUUGUGGCUUUUGUAGUCUCAACAAAAAAAAACGAUCUAAAAUGGCAAAAAUGACCCAAAAAAAUCUGAUGUGGAAAUAUGUGUUAUCAACUGUACAGUUUUUGUGGAAGUGUAUACACACAUUGUAUCUUCUUCUAAGGAAGCUGUGGUUCUACAUAUGUUGCAUCAGGGGGAAUAACGUAGUGCACAGGACCUGUCAUGAUGUUGCUCUAGUUGUAGUGUGACUAUCCCUGCACCAUCAGUAGGUUUUCAUUGCUUUUGCUUAUAGUGAUUGCUAUCAUCCUUUCCAUGAAUAUUUCUUACAUUUAUCAUUCUGCCAUAGAAUUUAAAUUAUUGCCAAGAAUAUCUAUCAAUUUAUAUCCUAGCAACAAGUUACACUGUCAUUAUUCAAUCAGGGUUUGAAAAUAUUACCCUAGUACACUAAUAAGAGAUUUACACUUAUAUGUUGUAACACUUUCGUUGAACUUGUUAAGGUCUGUUGAAAUUAGAAAUUUUCAUUUUCACUGGUUCUUGUGGUUUGUUGUCAAAUAGAUGGAAGCUCUGGUGGUGAAAAUUAUUACAGAAAUAACAUCAGUACAAUAAGGUGAUGAAAGAUUUUGGUAGCAGCACCAAUUGGCUAAAUGUUCACAUAUACAUUGUAAGUGCUAUUAUGUUUUUUGACUGUCUUUGUUUAAGUUGUGUGUUUUGUCUGUAGACAUGUUUUGGUGCAUUGUGUAUUUGUUACUUAUUUCUUGUUAUUUAUCUUUCUACCCUGCAUUGAAGUUUCCAGUUUACUCACAAGUUAACAACUUCAAGUGAUGAGAUACUUCAUAUUAGAAAGACACUUUUUGGCACUUGAAUAUCCAAAUUGCUGACAAAAUUAGGUUUUGACCAUUUUUUAAAUCGUUUUUGUGCGUAGAGUUUAUGUAAACAUUAAAUGUUCUACUAAUUGAGUGAUAUCAUAAUGAUCCAGCAAGAAUGGUCAUGUUCAGAAAUCCCAUUGCUUCUUUACUUUAUCACAAAGUUAAGGCCUCUUAUGCAGGGGGCUUUGUUGGAGUUUGAUCCAACUCCUGUAUUUACACAUUUUCGCUUGAUAGAUUUUUAAUGUUUGAUUCACUGGUAUUUUAAAAUUUGUUUUUCUUUUAUUGUUGUCAAUCAUAGUUGUAAUUUGGUUUGCGCACUUUCUACAUAGGCUCUCACUUUAGAAUGUUAAGAUGGAUCAUCACUUAGAUUGUAAGGAGGUUAAGCUAUUGUGUGUUGCAUGUACAUCAUUUGCUGUGUUAUAUUCACUGCUCAUUCAAGAGAGAAGCCAGGCAAAAACCAGUAUCUGCUAAUGCAUAUUGCAUUUGAUUUGAAGUUGGUUGAACGCCUGUCUGAAGUAAUAGGUGAAGAUCCUGUUUUGCCCAGAGAUGAAUUGUUAAUGGCUUGCAAAUUAAUACAUGUAUACAUUUACAAAUGAAACUUUGUUAUGUGUGGUACAAGAUUUCUCCUGGAACAGCUUCUAGUAACAAUUGGAUUUUCUUUCAUGAAGUCCUGUUGUUAAUCGAGGUCUUUCAAAUUGUCUUUUUAUUUGACCUCCAUAUGAGAAUGCAAUUCUGUCCUUGAGUACCUAGUCUGUAAGAUGGCCACAUUUUAGGACAUUGUUAGAUUUUGUUUUCAAACAGUUAAAAGCGAUUGGAUUGUCUUGUAUGAAGCUCUUUAGGAAAUUGCUAAGUUUCAGUUUUGUUGAAAAUCUCCAUUUGAGAAUGAAAAUCUGUCUUUAGAAGCUUAUUUAAUUUAACCACUAUGUAGGACAUCUUCUGGAACCAGGGUUCUGUUAUCUUAACCAGCCUCUAGACUGAGCCCUGCAUAUGACAUGUUGUUAUUGUACUUAUUGUUGGUGCCAUCUUGCCCCUGUCGGGUUGGCAGUGGGUGUGUGUAUAUAUUGAAUUGUACACUGGUGUAUUAUAGUAGUGUAUAUAUCUUGUACAGACAGCCCUUGUAUAUAGCCCCUCCUACCAUGUAUCGACUACUCCAUGUGUAGUCAAUGUUGUCCCGACAUCCCAGCAGAUGUAGGCUAACAAGAUGGACAGAUGGCUGGUGACUGCAGCCAUGUGUGCGGAAACAUGAGUACAUCUUCAGCAGAUUUGGAUGUAAAAAUGUUAAUAAAGUGUAAAAUAAA